CCUGCGGGUGAGGGCGGGAUGAGGAGGGUAGGUUGCGCGCUUGUAUAGUUUCUACAUUGUACCGACUCGCACUAAAACAGAGAGGUCUGAACGGACUGUAAAGUAAAGAGAGGGGGGAGAAAUUAAAAAGGGGGUGCUGUUUUAAUACUUUUAGGUCAUUUUUAUUUUUUUUGGGGAAGGAAAUUGUCAUUGCCGUCGUUGAACGCCGAGGGGAAGAUAGGAAAAUAUUAUUACUCGGAUUAAGGACUCUGUCACAGGGACACAGGAAGCGGCUGAGCGCUUCUCAAUCGGAGCAGACGUAACAUGAACUGAGGAGACUCCGGAUAACGUCUUGUGCUUUCAAUUUUUUUUUUUUUUAUUUUGCUCACAAAAAAAACCCAUAAAGAAAGGGAAAUAGUGUUGAGCCAGGAAGAGGAGGAAAAGAAUUUGUGUUUGACACCCGAACCCCCAUCCCCGUCCCGCCCGCCCCCACCCUCCCCGCCACACACACAACUACAGGAAAAUGGGGAGGAAAAAGAUUCAGAUCCAGCGGAUCACAGAUGAACGAAACAGACAGGUGACGUUCACGAAACGGAAGUUUGGGCUGAUGAAGAAGGCCUACGAGCUGAGCGUGCUGUGUGACUGCGAGAUCGCACUCAUCAUCUUCAACCACUCCAACAAGCUGUUCCAGUACGCCAGCACAGACAUGGACAAGGUGCUGCUGAAAUACACAGAGUACAACGAGCCGCACGAGAGCAGGACCAACGCUGACAUCAUCGAGACGUUAAGAAAGAAAGGUUUUAACGGUUGCGACAGUCCAGAACCGGACGGGGAUGAUUCCAUCGACCAGAGCCCCCUAAACGACGAGAAAUACCGCAAAGCCAACGAGGACCUGGACAUUUUAUUCAAGAGAUACGGAUCUGCAGUCCCGCCCCCCAGCUUCUCCAUCUCCAAUCAGAACGCACUACAGUUCAGUAACCCCGGCGGUGCCCUGGUCACUACGUCCUUUGUGACGUCAUCGCUGUCGGAUCCCCGCCUCCUGUCUCCACAGCAACCGGCCCUGCAGAGGAACACAGUGUCCCCGGGGCUGCCACAGAGGCCAGCCAGCGCAGGAGCGCUUUUAGGUGGUGAUCUGAACGAUUCAAACGGACCGUGCCCAAGCCCAGUGGGAAACGGGUACAUGAGUGCUCGGGCCUCUCCGGGUCUUCUCUCCGUAUCCAACGGCAACAGCUUGGGGAAAGUAGUCCCGGCAAAGUCUCCGCCCCCUCCCAGUGUUCAGAUGGGCAUCAGCGCUCGCAAACCAGACCUCAGGGUGAUCACCUCCCAGAAUAAAGGACUCCUGCAGCUGACAGAGGAGGAUCUGGAAAUGAACGCUCAGCGGCUUGGAAUCUCUCAGGCUGCGCAGCCCUUGACCACGCCCGUGGUUUCCGUGGCAACACCCAGUCUCCUGACGCAGGGCCUACCCUUUUCUGCCAUGCCCACAGCAUACACAGACUAUCAGUUAACGAGUGCUGACAUAUCCGCCCUCCAGGCUUUCACCUCGCCAGGCGGCCUGUCGCUAGGCAACCUGCCCAUAUGGCAGCAACAGCAGCAGCAGCACCAGCAGCAGCAGCAGCAGCAGCAGCAACAGCAACAGCAGCUCAGCCUGGCGUCGCUUAGCAACCUGGUUAUGACAUCACAAUCAAACGUACUCUUUGGCAGGGAACACUGUUUCUACCGGCCGAGCGGACACUUACCACAGAACAACACUCUGUCGGUCAACACCAGCCCCAACAUCAGCAUCAAAUCCGAGCCAGCAUCCCCCAACCGGGACCGCAGCACCCCGUGCUCCUCCGCGUCCGGGACCCCUUACCCAGGCUCCGUGCGCUUGGAGCCCACCGGCCACUCCCCGGUCAACAGCCUGAGCAGCAACGGCAGCUCGUACGAGGGCAGCGACCGCGACGACCCUGCCCAGCAGCAGCAGCAGCAGCUUCAGCAGCAUCGCCGGCAGCAGCAGCAGCAGCAGCAAGACUUCAACUCGAGUCUGGGGCUUCUGAGGCCGGCUGGGGAUCCAGAGCAGGACAACGGAAACGUGAAGCGGAUGAGGAUGGAUACCUGGGUGACAUAACCACCCAGCCGUGGAGAGAGAGAGAGAGGGGAGGAGGCAGGAGGGG